AUGCAGGGCGACUACAAUGCAGCCGUCGCGGCAUUGAACACGCUGCAGAGCAACUUUUCCAUCGUCGACGCGAUUCGCAAGUCUGGAAGGGGAAUGAACAAGAAUGCCAUCCCCGAGAUGAUUGAAUGGGUCAAGAAGCUCGGCUACGAGGUNCCCGCCGAUUUUAACAGAUUGAACGCCGUCCACGUCGCCGGAACAAAAGGCAAAGGCUCGACCAGCUCCUUCGUCUCUUCCAUCCUCGGCCAGUAUGUCGCAGAAGGCAAAAUCACCAAGACCGGUCUAUACACUUCACCCCACUUGCGAUUCGUGCGCGAGCGCAUCCAGAUCAACAACAAGCCCUUGACUGAAGAGCAAUUUGCCAAAUACUUCUUCGAGACAUGGAACAGACUUGAAGCUGCCGCCAAAGCUGCUGGUCAUGCCGACCCGACGAGCAAGGAGACUAAGCCUGUCUACUUCCGCUUUCUGACCUUGAUGGCCCUCCAUACCUACAUCAGCGAAGGUGUCGAUGCUGCCGUCAUCGAGUGCGGUAUUGGAGGCGAGUUCGACAGUACAAACAUCCUUGUCAAGCCCAGCGUCACCGCUGUCACAAGUCUGGGCAUCGACCAUGUUGCCAUGCUGGGUGAUACGAUCGACUCAAUCGCCUGGCACAAGGCCGGUGUCUUCAAGGCCGGUGUUCCUGCUUUCUCUGCUCCUCAACCUGAGGAAGCCAUUCGAGUCCUGCACGAGCGCGCCGCCGAAAGAAACACCAAACUCGAGGUCGUCAGCACCCAUCUUGAAUUGGAAAACAUUAAACUGGGACUUGCAGCAGACUUCCAAAAGACAAACGCCUCUGUCGCCAUCGCUGCCGCUGCUGCAUACCUGCGCCGUCUGGGUGUUGAGGAUCUGCCCACCCCUACAUACCUGCCCAGCGCCUUCCGCAAAGGUCUCGAGGAUGUCCACUUAGGCGGUCGUUGCGAAACACGCAUAGAUACCACCACUCCAAACCUGAAGUGGCACAUUGAUGGCGGCCACACACUCGAAAGUAUUGAGCUAGCUGCUCGCUGGUUCGGCAGCCUCAUCUCGUCAUCCACAACUUCAAACACUCGCAUCUUGGUCUUCAACCAGCAGACGCGCGAUGCUUCUUCAUUGGCCUCGAAACUACACGAGACUCUUGCGUCUGCAUUGGCUGACCAGAAGCCCUUUUCACACGCAUUCUUCUGCACGAACACUACGUAUGCCGAGUCAGGGUUCCGCCCUGAUCUCACGAGCAUCAACACCAAUGCUUCGGAUGUCGAGACACUGAGUGUGCAGAAUGCUCUGGCCGAGACCUGGAAGGGUCUAGACAACACCUGCGAUGUGCGUGUGCUCAGGACCGUUGAGGAUGCCGUCAAGGCUGCUAGAGAAGUUGCCGGUGAGCAAAAGGAAGAGGUCAUGGUGCUUGCUACUGGCAGUCUGCAUCUGGUCGGUGGUGUGGUGGAAGUCCUUGAAGGUAGUAACGCCUAG